CGCAAUCCGGUGGACAAUUCGAACCGUUGCCGAAUCGUAGUUAGUUUCGUUGCCUUAAAUUCUGUUCCCUCGUCCUCAUCCCCAACGAUGUGUACCAAAAGUUUAUCCUGCAUCCUGUGCGGCCAGCCCAACUUCCCUAAUGUCGAUGCGUUGCGCGUGAGCCUGCUGAAAGUUACGGCUCGCCCUCUAAAGUGUCCUAUAUGCGGUGAUGAGCUGCUCGGUUUGGAUAAACUCACGAUCCACCUCUUCGGACACUCGCUGCUCGAAGAUCAGGCUCACGACUCGAAAGGGGGCGGCGUGACAAAGGACGAUCCGAAACCGUCUGGCCCAACGACGACGGGUUCCUGCAAAAGCAUUCGCAAGGUGCGCAAAAAAGGAGCCCCAACGGAAGUGAACUGUGAAGCGGACAUUCCGCCGAUGAUGGGGAAAAUGUCACCGAGAAGCGCUGAGCCAAGCUCGGGUUCCUCGAAACCGUACUGUUCCGAGUGCGACGUCGAGUUUCGCAGCGACACACUGCUCAAAAUGCACCAAGAAGUUUUUCACGAGACACCUACGAAGGGGGCCGAAAGUGGCGCCGCAACGGGUACAAACUUCUAUUGCCAUAUUUGCCCCAAAAAGUUCAAGAUGAGGGGUUCGCUCAAGAUCCAUAUGCGCGUCGUGCACCAGGAGAGUCCGAAAAAAAUGUGCUUGGACCAAACCCACGCCACCAACGCUACCUCUACUAGUUCGUCCUUCACGAUAACGGGUUCUGAUUUGACCUUUGGCCGUGAUGACAUCAUAGCGGGGAAAAGUGCCACACCGUUGGCGCAACGGCCACAAAAUUUGACGUUCUUCCAACAACCACCCACCGGCGUCAGUGAAACCAAAACGCACAUCAUACAAAUUAUUGACCCACGACAACUGGCGCAGGUGGUUUAUCUGCCGCCCAACAAGGAAACUCCCGGUGGCGUUGAUCAAUCCACAUCCGGUGGGCAGCCAUCGGCGUUGGAUGCGGCAGUACCUCAGCCAAGGUUCGAAAGUAUUUCGUUACCUUCGUCUCCGCAGCAACUGAGCCACGACCACCCGAAACAGUGGGAGUGUGACGUCUGCCGGAAGUCCUUCACGACCAAAUAUUUCCUCAAAAAACACAAUCGUCUCCACACGGGGGAGAUGCCGUAUACUUGUGCGAUCUGCAACAAGUCGUUCACCUUUCAACAGUCCUACCACAAACAUCUACUGUACCACAGUGACGAAAAACCGCACGCCUGUGCCGUGUGUGGUCGGGCAUUUAAGGAGCUGUCCACUUUGCACAACCACGAACGAAUUCACUCGGGGGAAAAGCCUUUCGCCUGCGAAACAUGUGGCAAAUGCUUCCGGCAGCGGGUGUCCUACCUAGUCCACCGGCGGAUACACACCGGUUUAAUGCCUUACAAGUGUUCCGGUUGUGACAAAAGCUUCCGCUACAAGGUGUCCCAGCGCACGCACAAGUGUCCGGCCACACCGCCCGGAACGGUCGUGCGUAAAACGGGCGACUUGCUGCAGAAACUGCUACAGUCUUCCUCCAUCUUUCCGGCAACACAGCAACGACCAGAAGCACCACCCAUCUUUACCGAAACGACGACAUAUCGAACAACGCCUGAAUCGAUGGCGGACGACGACGCGAGACAAACCGCCGAGUAUGUUAACCGGGCCUUAGAUGAGCUCGUCGAUGGAACCUACGAUAAGCUGGAUAUCAGCGAUGGCGCUUCCACGACACUGUACAACCAACAGCAACCUCUUUACGCGGAUUCGGACCAAAUCCAGCUGCCGCGACAGGACCAACGGCCACAUCCGGCAACGAGCGAGGCAAGCUUUCCCCGAAUCGAAAGUCUGUGCCUUCUCUCGCCCAGUGCCUUCGAUAGCUCGCAGCUGGACGAUUUAGAGUCAUUAAAGUUAGACAACGGAUGGUAAUCCGGAUGCUGGAAGUUCGUUUUGUAUGUUCAAUCUUAUGCCAAUUGUAGGCUCUCUUAAGAAUCAUCAACAAAGUAUUUUAUUGCCCUCAGAUAAAUAAAUGAUUUAUGAAU